AUGGCCGCGACCAAGGCGACCGCCAGCGGCUCUAGCGGGUCGCACAACGCUUCCACGUCGAACACCACCGCCGCUCCUGCUGCCUCGUCCAGCAACCUGGGCAAGCGCAAGUCGGUCAGCGUCGCCUCUUCGUCCGAUGCCGGGGACGACGAGGGCGACGACGCUCGCGGCAGGUCCCCCUCGAAGCUCACCGCCACCGGCAAAGUUUCGGCUUCCCAGCAGCUCGUCCCCGUGCCCGGCAACCCAGAUGCACCGCUCGUGACAAAGAGGACACUCCAGAAUCGCAAGGCACAGCGCGAGUUCCGAAAGAGGAGGGAGGCCCGCGUCAAGGAUCUCGAGGAGCGGGUCCGGCGCUACGACGAGCAGGGCGUCGAGGCCAACAUGGCCCUGCAGCAGAUCGCAGAGUCACUCAAGCAGGAGAACGAGGCACUCAAGAGCCUCCUCGUCCGACUCGGCUUCGGCCACAUGAUUGGCGGCGCGCUCGAGGGCGUUCGCGGCCCGGCCGUCAGCUACCCCAUGCCGCCGCACAGCUUCCCCGCCAUGGACAUGAGCAUGGCCUCGUGGGCCAAGGGGGCGGGCGCGCCUACCAACGUAUCCUCCGCUCCCUCCGCUGACGCCGCCUCUCGGCGCGGCACAAAGGCGGAUGGCAUCGACAUGACGGCAAGCGGCGCGCAGAAGUCGUCGUCGUCUGGCGUCACCGCUCAGCCGCAGUUCCACCCGCCGGCAAGCGACAGCGUCAACCCGAGCCUGCUCAGCGACGCGCCGAAGCCGGAGACGGCUGCCAGGGCAAAGGAGGAAGAAGGUGGUCCGUUCAACAGCGACUGGUUUGCCCAGCUGGCGCAGUCGGGUCACGGCAAGGACGACGACGAUGACGAGGGCGACGCCGCCGCCGCCGACAACCGCACUUCGCAGGCGUCUGGCCCCGUGGCCGCCUCUUACGACGGCGGCAACGCGCAGCAGAACCGCUUGCACCAAGGCCAGCAGCAGUCGGCCUCGGUCAACCCGAUCCUUUCGCUCAACUUUGGCGACUCGGGUGCGGACAACAAGAGCCAGCAGCAGCAGCAGAACGGCAAGGGGAGGGAGCGCCAGCAGCCGUCGCCGUCCAAGUACGGCGCUAGGCUUGGCCCCAGGGUCAAUGACCUCACCCCCAACACUGCGCUGCGCAACUUCUUCAGCGACUUUGCAGCGCCGCCCUCGAGCAACGGCAACAACGGCGGCCUGCAGUCGAGCACCAACGCCAGCAACCACGGAGCCUCGGGCUCGGCCAUGCUCGGCGACGCGUCAGCUGGCCGCGGCUUCGGCAUGCCCGCCUUUUCGAACUCCUCUGGUCCCGGCGGCAACAGCGGCGCCGGCAACAUCUUCCCCAUGCCGCUGCCGACGCACCAGAACGACGCGCUGCUCAACCCGAACCCGAUCCCCUUCGCCUUCAACCUGAGCAACACGCGGAGCCCUCCGGACCAGAGCUGGUGGAACCAGAUGGGCGGCGGCCAGUUCACCGACGCCGACAACAGCAUCCUCGACGAAAAGGCGCAGGCAGUCGCCCAGGCCACGGCCGCCCUCAACGGCGGCAACGGCAACAACACCAACAACAACAAUAGCGGCAGCAACAAUGGUGCACAGAGCCCGUUCGACCUGUCGGCUUUUCUGACUGGGGGCAUCACGCCCGGAGGGGGCUUUAAUCUAGGCCCGCAUGCUGCCCCCGGAAACGUCGACUCUGCGUUUGGGAGCGGCUUCAACUUUGGCAACGCCGACGAUCCUCUCGGAAAGCUCAAGGAUGGCGGCGACAAGGCGGCGCCCGCCGCGUCGCUGCUGCCCGCGGGCCUCGGCGACGGUGGCAAGGGCGCGGGCAACGGCAACAGCAAGUCGCUGACGCCCGCCGAGCACGCCCAGAUGUUUCUGCGCCUCCUCGAGGCCAAGAUGGCGCGGCAGAACGUAAGCCCGUACACGUCGCUCGGAUUCCAGCCGCCGUCGCAGAUGAUGCAGCAGCAGCAGCAGCAGCAGCAGCAGCAGCAGCAGCAGCCGGCGGCCGCCGGCAGCGACGGCCGAGCCAAUUCGUCGCCGCUCUCGUUGAACCCGGAUCAGGAUGGCGGCGACCGCCCUGCCUCGCCGGCGCUGACGCUCAAGCUCUCGUCGCCCAGCCUGUCGCCGAUCAACGUGUAUACGCGCCUGUCGCAGCACCCGGCCUUUCUCUCGACGGACGCGUCGGAGCUCGAGGAGCUCGUCGACUUUAUCGACCUCGACCAGCAGCAGCAGCAUCAGCAGCAGCAGCAGCAGCGCAAGGCGGGCAACGGCACGCUCCUCUACCCGCCCUCGGCGGCUGGACUGACGCCGAGCCUGUACGGCGCCGCGUCGGGCGGCGGCACGGGCAAGCUGGGCUCGAAGCCAUCGGCCCCGUCGGACGAGGCCGGAGUCGAGGUCGACGAAAAGGCGCUCGACAAGAUGCUGGGCUUCCUCGACCAGAGGACGCCGCGCGGCGAUGCCCCGCUCAGCUACGGCCAGGACUUUGUCGUCUGA